AUGGAUAACAGUGAUUCGGAAAAAAAAAAGAAAAUUAAUGAAGUGGACUUGGACGAAGUCUUGCCAAUCAUCGGAGAGUUUGGACGAUAUCAGAAGUUAUUGUUGUGGCUCGUCUGUUUGCCCGCAUGUAUACCAUGUGGUUUCGGAGCGUUCAACCAACUGUUCAUGUCCGACGUCCCCCCACAUUGGUGUUCAGAACCACAACUGUAUAAUUUCACUGCGGAACAGAGAAAACGAAUUUAUGAACAAAGUAACGUCACUCAAGUGAAAAAUGGAUGCAUGCGGUAUGCAGUUAAUUGGACAGAAGUCUUGGUGUCUUCAGAAGUCCACGAAAAUUUGGAACAGUUGGUGAACGAAAGUUGGCCGUUGGAAAAAUGUAACAGUUGGGAAUACGAUACGAGUUUCGUACAGUCUUCAAUUGUGAUCGAUUUCGAUUUGGUCUGCGAACAUGAUAUAUACCCGACAGUUGGAUUAGCAGCUCUAAAUUUAGGAGGACCUAUUGGAGUGUAUUUUUUCGGUGUGUUAAAUGACAGAAUCGGAAGGAGGAAGUCGUAUUUUUUGUGUUUGGCUACAUUAAUUGUCGGUAGCUUGUUAACAGCUUGCGCAAUGAAUUUCUGGUGGUGGGCCAUGUCCAGAGUAAUAGUAGGUUUGACUAUACCGGCUGUUUAUCAAAUACCAUUUAUUAUAUCUCUGGAACUCGUCGGACCUAACUACAGGUCGUUCAUUACCGUGAUGACGUGUAUGUUCUACACACUCGGUCUGGUGUUGUUGUCCGGCGUUACGUACUACGUGAGAAAUUGGGUGUACUUGGCUUUGGCGACGUCCGCCCCGUUCACACUGUACUUUAUAUACUGGUGGUUCCUGCCGGAAUCGCCAAGAUGGUUACUAGCCAAAGGUCGGAUCGAAGAGGCGCUGAAAAUACUCGAAACCCUGGCCAGGAUCAACGGGACCGUGCUCCCAGAUUCGUUCAAACAGAAACUGAAGCAAAAAAUGAUGAUGCAACGCACUCUGAGCGAAGAAAAACGUUUGAAAGAAGGGCCAGGGGUGUUGACCCUGUGUAGGACGCCGAACAUGCGGUUGAAGACAAUUCUGAUAACGUUCAAUUGGUUCGCCAACGAUAUGGUGUAUAUUGGACUGAGUUAUUACGGUCCAUCGUUGGGACAAAAUCAAUACUUGAGCUUUCUGCUGUCGUCCGUCGUGGAAGUGCCUAGCUGCCUGGUAUGUUGGCUGCUCAUGGACCGGUGGGGACGCCGAUGGCCUCUGUGUCUGGCCAUGACGUUGAGCGGCAUCAGUUGCAUCGUCACCGUCACCCUGCCCCCAGAUGCUGUGAUCACUACACUGGUUUUGUUUUUGUUUUCCAAGUUCACAAUAUCGGCUUCGUUUUUAAUAAUCUAUCCGUUUGCCGGUGAACUCUAUCCGACACAAUUGCGUGGCAUUGGAAUUGGAACCUCUGCGUACAUCGCUGGUCUUGGUUUGGUAUUAAUACCAUUUAUCAACUAUUUGGGACGUGAAAAUUUAGUUUUGCCGCUGUUGAUAAUGGGCAUACUAUCAGUGAUUGGUGGGAUCACCGGUCUCCGUCUUCCCGAGACAUUGCAUUAUAAGUUACCGCAGUCAGUCGAAGAGGGAGAAGAAUUCGGGAAGAACUGGACUAUGGCGGAUUGUAUAACCUGUGUUCCCAAAAGGCCUUCGGAGCAUUCGAAUUCGUACGAAGACCUAACUGAAAAACUUGAAAUGUCUCCUACGACGGAAACGACGGCAUUUGCAACAGGGAGUGGUGGUGGCAGAUCUAAAUUCACUAGACAACAAAGCACCAUGGAAACUCCACUAGACUCUUCAGGCGUAGUCAAGAUGACUUGCUGGUUUUAG